UUGGGGGCGUCGCUCCCCCUCUUCAUGAUCGCCGGCAAACUUCCUCCUCGGCGCUGCUUCUAAUGGAGCCCCACCUGCUCGGGCUGCUACUCGGCCUCCUGCUCAGUGGCACCAGGGUCCUCGCCGGCUACCCAAUUUGGUGGUCCCUGGCCCUGGGCCAGCAGUACACAUCUCUGGGCUCCCAGCCUCUGCUCUGCGGCUCCAUCCCAGGCCUGGUCCCCAAGCAACUGCGCUUCUGCCGCAAUUACAUCGAAAUCAUGCCCAGUGUAGCAGAAGGCGUGAAGCUGGGCAUCCAGGAGUGCCAGCAUCAGUUCCGCGGCCGCCGAUGGAACUGUACCACCAUCGAUGACAGCUUGGCCAUCUUUGGGCCUGUCCUGGACAAAGCCACCCGCGAAUCAGCCUUCGUGCACGCCAUCGCCUCGGCUGGGGUAGCCUUCGCGGUCACGCGCUCCUGCGCCGAGGGUACCUCCACCAUCUGCGGCUGCGACUCGCAUCAUAAGGGGCCACCUGGAGAAGGUUGGAAAUGGGGCGGCUGCAGCGAGGAUGCCGACUUCGGGGUGCUGGUGUCGCGGGAGUUUGCGGAUGCACGGGAAAACAGACCCGAUGCCCGCUCAGCAAUGAACAAGCACAACAACGAGGCAGGCCGCACGACCAUUCUGGACCACAUGCACCUGAAGUGCAAAUGCCAUGGCUUGUCAGGCAGCUGUGAGGUGAAGACCUGCUGGUGGGCCCAGCCCGACUUCCGUGCCAUUGGCGACUUCCUCAAGGACAAGUAUGACAGCGCCUCCGAGAUGGUGGUUGAGAAGCACCGGGAGUCCCGAGGCUGGGUGGAGACUCUGCGGGCCAAGUAUGCGCUCUUCAAGCCCCCCACCGAGAGGGACCUCGUCUAUUACGAGAACUCCCCCAACUUUUGUGAACCCAACCCAGAGACGGGCUCCUUCGGCACCAGGGACAGGACUUGCAAUGUCACCUCUCAUGGCAUCGACGGCUGUGAUCUGCUGUGCUGUGGCCGCGGCCACAACACGAGGACGGAGAAGCGGAAGGAGAAAUGCCAUUGCGUCUUCCACUGGUGCUGCUACGUCAGCUGCCAAGAGUGCGUUCGCAUCUACGACGUGCACACCUGCAAGUAGGGAGCCAGGGCACUGGGAAGGGGUAGAUUGCACGGCUGGAUCCAUUCAUCGAAGUCCCAUGGGAAGCAGGAUCUAGACCCGGGCCAGCCUUCGGCACUGGCCGGCAAGGAGCGUGGACUGUUUGCCAGCUGCAUUUGAUAAAUGACCUGGACCCAGCCGGCCUCGGAUGGGAGGCCCCUCCUUUCUCAUCUAACGUUUCUCACCCUGCUCUGGAUGGUGUGUGGCUUUACAGAGGGGCUUUCUUUUUUCUUGGUUUUCCAGGGUCUGCUGGGAACAGACCCGAGGCUUACCUUUGCACAUGUUAAAGAAAAUAAAAAUGAAAAAAAAAUAUUCUACUGCAACAGAACAGGCUGGGCUAAUGCGAGCUCUUGGCCUGGUGGGGAAGACGAGAGCAUGGCAAGGUUCCGCCUCCAAGCUGCCUCUACCCGUGACAGUCCAGGAUGCCUCUGAUGGGGGCUGUGACCCAGGACAGAGCCCUGCAGUCCCUUUUGUCCAUCUACUCCCAUGCAAGCUGGACACACUUUCCCAUUCUGAGAAAAGCCAUAAGUAUAGCCAGGGUGUAGUGGCGGGGAGGCCCUGGGCCAUUGCUGGAGCAGGCACUUGAGUUUUGAAGAUCUCAGAAUUCUGGGAGGUCUGGGAAACCAUCUGAAGACUAGCCGAGCUCCUCCAAGGCUCAUUUUGUCUCUAGCCCUGCUCUGCAUUAGAAACAGUCAGGUCAUCUUUUUCUGCCAUUCUGCAGCUUCCACCGUUACUGCAGAUGCUUUUCAUGGUGGACCUUGUAAAUAGGCUGGAUGCGGAGGCAAGUCUCUGCCAGCUCCGCGCACUACCUGAAGAAAGAGGGGGCUGUUCUGCCCUUCUCAGCCGUGCUCACCAGCAGACCCUAGAGAGAACAGCUGGGCACCUUAGUUGGCUAAAGGCACCGAUGAGAGAGCGGCAAUCUUGCAAUUGCAAAUUGGCGACUGGCAGGUGGGGUGGGUGAAGAUUCCCAUUUCCCUUGUGUUAGGAGGACAGGUCAUCCCAUGUCCUCUCCUCCCUUUGGAUUGAGUAACCCAAAAGACUAGAGAUCCUUAACACAGCCCUCCCUGCACCUGCGAGUUAGUUAGCCUAUCUCAGUUCCCAAGGUUCUGGAUUAGAUGCUCGAAAGAGGUGAGCAGGGCGAAUGAAGCAGCUCCCAGCUCAGAUUUGAUGCACGGUGGUCCUGCCUGGGGUUAAUAAGAUGGGUGUGGCAGCAUGGAUCAAUCCAUCAACUCUGUCUUAAGGAGACUCAGAAAGAGGAGAUGCGACAGAGGAAUGGAGCGGAACAAAGAUUUGUCCUUUCCCCUUCUGUCUGGGGUCUGCAAACUCUGGCGUCAGGUCAGCCACUCACUUUCCUGUUGUGUAGUUGACUUGCCAAGCAGGCCCAAGUAGGUCCUUGCCCAUACUCUCCACCCUGUGACCAGGGGCACUGCUCGAGGUACACCUCCCACCCCUUCCUAGCAUCCCAAAUGCCCCUCCCAUCUCUCCUUCCAGAAGUCUGAAAUCAAGUCAAUCAGAUAAUGCUUGCUUAUACGAGGACACUUCAGCAGAACGGAUACAAAAUUUACAAGUCUUUUCAUAUCUAUGUAUUCUAUAUUAAAAGUGAUAAAGUCAUGUUUCUGGGGAGUAUUCAAGUAGCUGACAAGUAAUUAUUUAAUAAUAGUACAUGAGUGCAUUGUAAUUAUCCUCGCCAUAGUCAGGUAAUAGUAUCCACUGGGAAUUUCCUACAACCUGCUGUAUCCAAAGUUUUGUAAAAAGUUGUAGAAGUUGUUGAUCUUUUUGAUUUUAUAUUCAAAAAGUCUCUUUUUAUAAAUAUUAUUUAUUAUACAAUGUAUAUACCUUGAGUUAACUAAGAUUAUAUAUUAUAUAAAUAUAUAUAUAUUUGGAGAAAAUCUAUUUCAUCAUGCAGUUUUUUUCCAUUAAGUCAUUAAAGAAAAGGUAAACUUCAAACAGA